AUGAAAUAAUAAUAUAGUGUGAUACUACCAAUUAGUGCUGAAAGUUUCUAAAAGGGGAGCAAAUUUGUAGACUACCUGAUUGACUUCGAUCUGAGUAAGCAAAAUUAGUAAAAGGUUGAAUUGUCACCAAUUGUCAAAAUGUACAUCCUCUCCAAUUACUUACCAGAGUUCAUGGUGAAAUUGACAAAUCAGAAAUAGAUUCAAAUUCAGGAACGCAAGACCUCGUUUGAAAAUUGUGAACAGAGAAUAUUUAAUGUGGUUCAAUUUUCAGGAAUCGAGGUGGCAGUAAUUGCCAAAGUAAGUCCAAAUUCGAAUAGAGCUGCUCAAGUGAUUGAUGUGGUUGCAGAAGAGUUGGAUUACUUUAAGGGCUAUGAAAAGGAUGUCGAGAGAAAAUUGAGAGACAACUUUGGCAUCUUGGAGAAGAAUAAUUGGUAACGAUUCUGUCCCAACAUUGUUGCUGUUAAUUUGAAUGUUGAAAUCAAUAUCUAUUAAUAUGGAGAAGAGUCAAAUGUAAUUGCAUAAUUCUUAACAGAAAUAAUAAGAAAGUACAUAUUGUAUUUCUACAAGUCCAUGCUCCUCACCUACAAUGUUUGGUAGAGCAUGAACGAUUCUGAAUUGUUUAGAAUGAAUAAAACAGUUCUCUUGCAAUAACAAGAGGUCAAAUUGAAUCUCUUUCAAUAAAUAACCUCACUCAAAGAUUUACAAAAGACCUCGUAUAAAGAAUUAAAGAAGAAGUACUUCAAGCACUACUCCAAUCUAUCCUAAUCCACAUUCUCCACUCCUGUCAAAUAAUCCUAGGUUAGUCUUACGAGUUCAUAAACACCAACUAAAACUCCCUAAAUACAGCGAAAAAAAGCAGGAAUGAUUUUGAAACGAGGAGAUGGACCCAUAGAUUACAAUUGGAAUCAGAGAUAUUUGGUUUUAGAUGGACAAACCUUAAUUUACUUUAAGGAUAGAAAUGAUAAGGUACCCAGAGGUGCCAUCAAUCUAAGGGAAGCCUACAUCUCACCUAUGUCUACUUUGGAUGAUAGGGAACAUUGCUUUUAUAUUGAGGUGGAGGCCUAAAAUAAUAAACAAUUCUAUUUCAGCGGUGAGACUCUGGAUGAAACUGAACAAUGGCGUGAAGAGAUCUCCCAAGCCACAACAGCAGUAGUAUAAGCAGAAAAGCGACCCUCUUUUGUAGUUACUAACACCUACCUAUUGACUGACACUCUCCCUUAGGAAUUAUCGAAACAUAAAAUAUUGACAAUUCUUGAUGAUUUACAACAUCAAUGGCAAUUUCGCAAAUUUAGAAAUGGAGUCAAAAUAUACGAGAGUCCUAUCCAAAAUAAAAGCACCUUGAAUUGGAAGCUAUAUCUACUUUUGAGUAUUGCAUUCGCUAUUAGUGUCUAUCUGAAACCUAAUUGGUUACCGUUUUUGAUGGCUUUUCUGGUUGCAGGCUUGUCUGCCUCUUAUUUUAAUAAGCAAAAGGCGUAGACCAUACGCGUUUAUGGGAGGAUGGUUUGUGACAUAGAUUCAUCAAAGGCAUUUAGAAUAAUUAAGAACUUGAAGUUUAAAAAGGUCUUGGACAGCAAUUUUGUUUAGAUUAAUAAAAUAAAGGAUAGCAACGAAUUAGAAUUUACUAAAAGAGCUAAGGUUCAUUUUAUAAUACAUCCCAUUAGACAAAAGUAAGUCGUCUCAAAACCAGUCAUCAUUCAAAUGAACCUAUUGAGAUAUCGAUUCAUCAUAAACAAUGGUAGCUCCUUCAUUGUCGAUAUCUUGAAUUCUGAAAACAACAAGUUUAAUAUGUUCGAAGCAUACGAAAUUCAAAGAAUUCCCAAGGUCUCAGGCAAAGGACUAAUUAAUUAUUAUUGUGAGAUCACGUGUUCCAAAAUAACAACCGAAUUGGAAAAAUACUUAUACAACAAAGCAGAGAACUUAAGCUUGAUUUCAUAAACCAUUGAUGAAGAAAGAUUCCACUAGUUCCAACAAUCCAUUGUAAGUGAACUCUCAUCCACCUAUAUUCGACAGAAAUCAAAGUCUAUUGUAGGAUUUGAUGAAUAAAUAAAUUCUAUCACAUUAUUGAAGAAUGGAUAGCAACUCAAAAGCAAAAGACUGGAAGAACGAGUUCCAGGAUAUAGAAGAUUUAAAGAGGGAGGAAUUGAAUGUUUCAACAAGGAAGAAACUAAGGCAUAGGAUGGAUUGGUAUUAGAUUUAAUGAGAUCGGCAGGCAGAUAACUAUUUGAAGGUCGAAAUAUCAUUUCAUUCUCACUUCCUGUUCGUAUUUUUGAACCUAGAUCCAUGAUUGAAAGGAUAUGUGACUAUUGGGGUUUCAUGCCUAUUUACAUGGAGUAUGCUAUAGGAUAACAAGAUGAGAAAGAGAGGUUUAAACUUGUUGUCACAAUGAUCAUAGCUGGACUAUACAAUGGAGGCAGAUAGAAGAAACCAUUUAAUCCUAUUUUAGGUGAAACAUUCUAAGGUUCAUGGUAAGAUGGAUCAUCCAUUUCCAUUGAACAUACUAGUCACCAUCCUCCUAUCUCUCAUUUCUAUAUUGAGCAUUUCAGGAAGAAAUAUAGAUUUUAUGGUCACUUUGAGUAUUAGGCUGCAUUGAGAUAUAAUGCUGUUAUUGGUCAUCAAGUUGGGGAGAAUGCCGUAGAAUUUAGUGAUGGAUAAAGGAUUACAUUUAGUAUGCCUCCUGCUAAAGUCAGUGGUUUAAUUUAUGGUGCUCGCUUGUUGGAAUGGUAUGGCAGUAUCAAAUUUGUUGAUCAGAAGAAUGACAUUGUUUGUGAUAUCAAGUUUUCUGAAGGUGCAGGUAUGUUAAUUGGGAGAAAUUAGAAGCCCACUGAUUACUUUGAGGGGACCUUGUUUUAGCAUAAUAGAGUAAUAUCCAAAGUUGAAGGUUCUUGGCUAGAAUCCAUUAGUUGGGAUGGAAUCAAAUAUUGGGAUUUGGAAAAGAUAGAUCCCGCCUAUAUCAUCAAAAGUGAAUCCCCAUUGCCCAGUGAUUGCAGAUUCAGAACCGACCUUAUUGAAUUGUCGAAUCAUAAUUUAGAUGGAGCUUAAGAGGAAAAAACUAGACUUGAAAUCAUCUAGAGAAGAGACAGAAAGCUAAGAUAAGAUUAUAAAAAUAGCAAAUAGAAAUGA